GCUACCUUAAUGUAGAAUAUGUUAAUCAAUGCCGUAACACAAACGUAAUACGUAUAACCAAGUGUAUAACUAGGGAUUUUAAAUAUGAAAAUUCGUUUUGAUCCAAUCAUCAAACGCCUUUUUAUAGCCGUUAACUAUUUUUUUAUUUUCAGGAACCAGUGGUCGAUCCAAAUACGUCACCAUCAGCUGUCACUGAACUCAAGAAAGCAUUAGAAUGGGAACUAUCCCUGGAUGGUAGAGACCUACGAUCUCAUGCUUGGUACCAUGGAGCAAUACCAAGAGCCCGUGCCGAAGAGAUAGUUCGUGAGGAGGGUGGGUUCCUAGUGAGGGAUUGUGCAUCUCAACCUGGCGACUAUGUCCUCACAUGCAGGUGCAAGGGACACGCCCUCCAUUUCGUCAUCAAUAAAGUUGUCUUGCAACCAGAUACCGUAUACGAAAGGGUGCAGUUCCAGUUCGAAGAUGAACCAUUCGACACGGUACCCGACCUCAUCACGUACUACGUAGGUUCCGGCAAGCCAAUCACAGUCCUAUCCGGUGCCCGCAUCCAACAUCCCAAGAAUCGCAUGUACCCCCUUUCGUUCUACGCCUCAAAGUACCCCACGCCGCUGCCUCAGAGCAGGCUUUCCUCGCCCGCUGGUACGCCCAUGGGACAGUACCGAGGGUCGUUCCGGGUUGGUUCCGGAAAUUCGCCUACCAGGCCGGGGAGAGACGCACCACCUAGGUUACCAUCUAAGAAACAACGGUCUCAGUCACUGACACCCUCAGAAGUGAAUAGGAUAUCUCAGGAGAAGUGCAACAGCGCGGACGGUGUCAUUCAGUCACCUUUGAUGACUCGAUCGGCAGGGUCAGAUGGAAUUUCCAUCGGGUCCAAGUUUUCAACACAUUCACUGCCAAGAAAUCCUCAUAACAAACUAUCACUGUCAUGUAGCUCAAAUACUUUGGGAAGAAACUGUCGAAUAACUAGCGACACAACCCUAUCCCCCUGCGCGGAACGCCGACUAUUCUCCGAAUCAGACUCUGGCCUGUCAGAGUCACCACCCCCAAAACCAUCCCGUCUACCUAACCUCACUUUGGAUGAUCCUGCCCACCAUCACUACAAAUGGUGCUCGGAGAUCAAUGUCACUGGACCCCAAAUGGGGCUCCAAAGGCUGGCCUCCUACCACGCGUCUGGCAGUGAUUCGGGCAACGGUAGUGGCGAUUCGGCGUUAAGUUCAGCUACAGACGCUAUGGAGCCUCCCCUGCCCACCAAAACAGGAGGAGGUGUUGUUAUCAAGAACCCUAGGUAUAACCUUUCUAGCUCAGAUUCCACUGCCACAUUGAAAAACUUCUGCAUGCCAGCAGCAGAUUAUCCGGCUUUAGAAGAACAACUUAUGGAAACUCCAGCGCCUUGUAUCAAUGAAACUUCACGGUUCGACUUGGAUAACUUCCAGACCCUUUUGUUACCCGUUAAUGAGAACAAGCCACUGGACGCACAGGCAUUACGUCGACUGAAGAUGACGAUAGCAGAGUCAGGACCUCGAGUUCUGGCCAACCAUCUGACCAGGACGGAUUUGGACGUCAUCUUUGGGGAAAAUGUUGGUAAUGACGAUAAAGAAGUGGAUGCUGUCACAAAGAAACUAAUAGGAGGUAUGGCACUGUCUGCAUUACCACAUGGGAGGCGGUUUAGGAAAGACCUUAUCGAAAGGACCGAAUGCUUGAAGUUAUUGGUAGCAGUUACAAUUUUAACGUGCGCAGACGAGACAGAAAGGACGGAAAUACUUUACAAGUGGAUUGAAAUAGCGAUAGAUACCAAGACCGCUCUAGGGAACCUAUUUGGGUUCUGCGGAAUCAUGCUAGGAUUAUGUUUACCACAAAUUGAACGUUUAGACACGACGUGGCACAUGCUUCGACAAAAAUACACAGAUGCUGCCUUCAACUUUGAAGCCAAACUACGGCCCACCUUGAAGAACAUGAACAGCUGUUCUAAUCCACAGGCACCAAAUACAACCAUACCUCAUCUUCUGCCAUUUAUUCUACUAUUAGAACAAACGCUGGAAGAUCUUUUGUCUCUCGGAAAUGAACAGUCGUCUUUAGUUCAGAGUUGCUUGAAUCCUUGGGAAUCGAACACUUCAGACUUUGGCCUAAGCACGCUACUAAACCACCUAGACACAGCUCGCAAGUACAUGGAGUUGAGCGCCACAUACCAGCGAAAUGCGGAAAUCGUCUUAGGAGAAGCCCGCAUGGACGAGUUGACCUUGGACAUGUUCCGUACGGAGUUCCAACUGAAAUUCCUGUGGGGCAGCAGAGGGGCAUAUGCCCCACCCAAUGAGCGACACGCCAAGUUUGAACAAGUGCUGGCUGUAAUGGCCGAGAAGUAUUGUAAUCUUAAAAUCGAGACUGAGGUCUGAUUUCUUGAUGAAGAGCGUGAAUAAGGCGUUUUGAAGUCGCAGGUUGUGAUUUAGUUUCACAGGUUCAGAUAAAAUGCACGAAGGACCGUCGAGAUUCUAGAACCGCCGUUCUAGUAUCGCCUCGGCCAACGUCACAGACAUGUUAUACGAACGCCAGAGACAUUACGCUUUUAGCGUCACGUUAAUGUCGGACUAUCAAGUAAAUAGCAAUCCCUGUAGUGCAAAUUAUACGUAAGACACGUAACAAAUUUUACAAUGGACACGUCAUAAAUUUUACGAAGGACACGUCAUAAAUUUUUUCCAAUCUUUUUCGGUAUUUAUUGUACAAAUGUAUUAUUUGAAGCUAUACAUUGUACAUUUUUAUUUGCUUAAAAAAACGACUACUAUGACAAACGACUACAAUCCAACUAGGUUGUAAUUAAAUUUUUUAUAAACUACCUGCUUUGGUUAGCUUUAAUACAAAGUAUAAGCAUUCAGCUGUUAAUGCAAAUAAUGUUUUUCAAAAGGUCGCUAUGGGGUCGUUCCCGACUGUUGCUUAUCGUGGCAGUACUUUAGACAAUUUUCGCCAUAUAUCAGUUAAAAAUGCGUCGACAUGAAAACGGACGAUUGGUUACUGGUUCCAAUACCUUCACUUUGUGAAUGUAAAGACAUAAAUUCAGGAAAGCGGAAUAUUGAAAUUGGAUGCAACUGUCGGUGUCACAAUAUUGUACAAUGGAGAUCAAUCAUUUGUAGUGUGAAUGCUUCAAGUUGAGACCACUGAAAACAGAUGCUAAUUACCAGAUUCACACGUCACUCCAUAGUCCUGGUGCUCUAUUUCAACGCAACCAUCCGUACUUGCUCUAAAUUGAGCAACGCAGACAAAAUUUGGAGUGUUUCGCUUCGGAUAAUUCAAAUCUACAUUCGUGAAUGGUUUUUGGUUAUGAUUGCGUCAAAUUUCGCAUUAAAACGAUCGUGAAUGGAGAGCUUAACGCGGCAGCCACAGUGUCACCGUAUUCGUUAUCCAAACGUCGUGUCCAACUGGUCCGACAACGCGUCCGUAUAACAUGAAAUUAAUGUAGCGCAUUUGGGAAUUUGUGAAAUUAGCUCAUGAAAAAAGCCGAAAGUUUUUCUCAUUUGCGAGAGAGAACGAAAAUCGUCAUGAAAGAAUGCUGAUUUUAAAUUAACAACGAAGACACUUUUCUCAAAUUUUUGGAUUUUUAUACAUGUAUCUAACAUUUAGGCAUUGGCUGUAAAAAUUACCUGUGCUGCUGGUUAAUAAAGAAAUGCUUGAGAAAGGCUUGAGAUAUCAAUUUUGAGAAAACUAUUUGUGAUUUUGUACAUAGUAAAAUGUUAAGCUGUCACAAGGAAUUUUGCUGAUCAAUAAAUGCAUUAUAUUGCACAAAGUCAUUGAUUAACGUAAUCAUUGGAAAGUAUACUACUUGUACUUAAUCAAAAUUCUUCCUUAUAGAUGUUCAAACAAAUAUUCCAAAAUAACCGAACAAGGAUGCCCUUAAACAAAUUUUAUCAGAAAUGUAUGAGCGUUUUGAUGCAUUCAAAAUUGUACAUUUAUUCUGGUUAUCAUAUUUUAUAUAUAUAUAUAUAUAUAAAGAUAUAUAUAUAUAUAUAUAUAUAUAUACACCUUCGGAAAAACCAUUAUUAUACAUUAUGAUGAGGAAGAGAGAUGGGAAUAUACAAAAGUAUGUAGGUGCGUGAAAGACACUCGAUUGUAGGAUCCUAUCUGGCAGCAUCGGAGUGUGACGGACAACGGGGUAAAGUAGAAGAGUGAUAAGAGAGAUGGCAGAAAGGGCGCUGGCGCCUGCCGCUUAGACGGAUGCGCUCAACAAAUGCGAUUUGUUUCUCCCAUUCGCAGAGUUGCCGGUACCAAUAUGUCAUAUUUCUAAGAAAUCUAAGCUACCCAAAUUUCGGGAAAAAUAGCUGCGGAUUCCACAUAAGAGUAUUCCAAAAAUGAAAAAAGUUCAAACUAUUAAAAUUGUAUUAAUGUUUCAUGGUUCAAAUCAUAUUUUUCAUGUUUGUAUAUUGUUGUAUAAAUGAUUUUGUAAUCCCUAUUCUUGUUGCCAGUAGAGAUACAACAGUAUUGAGAGAAAUCAUGGACCGCUAAAUAGGGCUACAACUACCAUAUGACUAUCAAAUAGUAGUGAUAAACAGGGUUUGUUUAAGGCACAGUUGCCUGGUGUGGCGAAUUUGCGCCAUAGGGGCGAUUUGACAACUUUGAAGGACAACUAUAACGGGUACUAUGGUGCCCGGUAUUCGGGAAUCUGGCAAUACCUGAUGAUUCCUAACGUUUAUUACGCCAGAUUGUUUGCUGACUUGCGCAGUACAACAUGACAAUCAACGUGACUGAGCACCUGGUAACCCUGGUUUAAGGUGUUAUAUUUAAAAAGCUUUGGGCAGUUAGGUAUCUAGGUCACAUUUUUUAAUGUAUUUCGAGAAAUCCGUAAUGUUGAGUAAAUACUAGAUCACGUUGAGACGUUGUCAGUUAGGUGAAAAAUUAAAGCUUCCGCCUUUUGUUGGGUACUUCGACAAAAAUUUUAAGCAAAGAGGACUCUUUAUACUUUUUUUCUCUCUAGCUUUCAAUGGACUUUGCCAUCAUCAUCAGGAGAGUAGUAUGUGAGGAUGUUGAUAAUUAUAUAUAUAUAUAUUUCUUCAUUUCAAUUUUGAGAAACCUUGAUAAUGUUCAUUAUCUUUGUUUAGUAUAUUUUAUGUAGGUAUUUUUUAUUCGAUAUCGAAUCAACAAAAUAAAAGUGGACAUAUGGUCCUGAAAAUCACGAACACAAUAAUUUGGGGUUUUCCAGAAAACAGAUAUUAGUGAGUUGAGUCCAUCACUUUAAGUAGAUCAGAAGAAAAUGCAUGUAUCUAAACUAAAGGAGGACUUAAACAUCCCAAACAGACCAAAAUGUGACGCCUAUGGCAUGAACUUUUACUACUUACUAUGUGUCUAUAUAGGUUUGCAUACUUUUUUGACGACUCCUAUUUUUUCGGGGUUCCAUGAGCAAUAGAUCUGCUAUACCUGAAUGCCCUGAUUUAAGUUCAAGCAUCCUUUUUUAAAUGUUUUCAGCAGAAAUAUAACUUUAUCGUGGUGCUUGACUAUAUUUUGUGAAUAUUUGUUUGAAUUUGAAUAAAGUAUAAUUUUUUACAUAUCAAUUCGUUUAGAUUUAUGUGGGACAACCAAAAAUAACCUCUAUAUCCACAUGUAUCGGUAUGUGCUUACUUCAAAACUUGUUUUCGAAUUAUAUUUUUUAGAUUCACGAUGUUAACGAAUCUUUUGAAAAUAGAAGUUAGCGCAAACCUGUGAAGCCCUGUAAAAAAAUAAGCUUUAAAAAUGUAAUUAGUAGAUCUAGGUUUUUAAAAGGUGCUCAUUUAUAAAAAAAUAGCAUUAAGCCAACGUUCGCACUAACGUAGAAUCAAAAUGUUUAAUAUUAUGUUGUUUAUUACAAUUUUUGACAAUAUUUACAUUUACAAAGACUGCUAUAUAUACCUCUGUUGAGAGGAAUUUACUACAUACGCGCAUUUUAUACACUUACUUUCAAUCCUGAUGACGUUUUUUACAUUUUCUUUCUGUUCAAGUUAUAUAAAAAUGCAUAUAAAGUUAUUCUACACAUACAGUAUACAUUAUGCAUUUUUUACAUUUUUUAUUGUGAUGUUAUUGUAAAAAUAUAUUAAUAUAGCCGAACUUGCGUGUGUUAUAUAUGAAAGUAGAUUUAAUAUAUUUAUUAACGGGUGUCAUAUGAUGUAGGUAGAAGAAAAUUGUAAACAAAAUAUGUAUAGUAGUAACUGUGCAAUUUCACAG